ACAUAUAGCCUCGAAAUGUGGGCCUUUUUGGCUAAGAACAAAAAUGAUAUUAUUUACUUAUCGCUUUUAUUGUUCAGUGUUGCGAUAGGACCGUAUUAUCGGUCCAUUAAUUCAAUAAACGCAAGGAAGUGGGCUGGAACUGGACUUGGAAUUCUUCUCAUUAUUAUUGUAUCGGGAUACAAUGCUGUACAUCCUAUUUUGUCAGCUAUUCUUGGAAUUUUAGCUAUUAAACUGGCAACCGUAAAAUACUGUCAUGUGGUCACCUUCUUCCUCAUGUUUGGAUACCUCUUUUUCUUUCGACUAUCCGAUAAAUUUGGUUUCCCGCUACCAUCGGGACAAACCAAUCUCAUUGAGAUGAUAAUUGUUCUUAGAGUUGUGGGAGUAGCGUUUGAAAUCAACGGAUCUUGGCUAGCGGUGGGAAAAGCUAAGAGAAAGGAAGAAAAUAAAACCGAAGUGAAGGAGACGGACAAGGAUGAUGAAUUUUUGGAAAUAAUUAACCCUAACCUUGAAGACUUAUUUCAUUAUUCAUUCACCUAUGUUGGGUUACUUACAGGUCCUUACUACAGAUACAGGACUUUUGACGACUAUUUCAACUUGCCAUACAGCAAGUAUGCAGACUGCCUGGGCGCCACAAUCAACACACUGAAGAUGGUGCCUUUGUACAUAUCCUUGUAUCUCGCUUUGUCCAACAUCUGGCCCCUAGAGUAUAUCCUGACUGAAGAGCACAACAACCGAAACUUCGUCUACCGAAUGAUGUAUCCAUGGGUGCUGUUCGCCGCGUUCCGCCAACGCAUUUACUCCGGCAUGACACUGGCGGAGAGUGUGUGCACGUCAGCUGGCGUCGGGGCGUACCCCGUGGAAGGCAGGAAUAGGACCGGACAUGGACCCACUGUCGGAUAUUUGAAGCUCAAACAAAUGACCGAGGAAGAGGCAAAGAAAGCUCGAUACGAUUUCAAAACCAUGGAGUCUAUGGACGUAUGGGGCUGUGAGACCGUGGAGACACUGCGGGACUCCAUGAAGGUCUGGAACAAAGCUGUGCAGUAUUGGGUCGCCAUGGUUGUCUACAAGAGGUUCCCUGUUAAACCGCUCAAGAUUCAUGCAGCGCUGUUUGUGUCUGUGAUAUGGCAUGGAUUCCAUGCCGGGUAUUUCUUUUGCAUUUAUGCUUGUCCCUUCUAUUUGAUGGCCGAAGAUAUUUACUACAAGCUUUACUACAAGGAAGCCACUGGAAUGAAAAAGAAGAUAAUUGGAUUUGUGAUGUGGUUCUUAAGGUCCCACUCAGAGUCAUAUCAAGCGGCCGCUUUCCUUCUUCUCACCUUUGAUCGAAUCUGGAUAUACUAUUCCUCUGUGUACCACUACUGGUAUGGAGUGUGGCUCGCAUUCCUUAUAUUAGGUAUUGUGUUGAAUAAAACACAAAAACGUAAGCCCAAGAAAGUACAAGAGAAGUCAGACAAUAACACGGAAGAAAAAGUAAAGGAAAAUUAAUAGAGAUUACCUAUAUUUAAUAGAGAUUUAGAGAAAUUAUUAUUUUUGUAAUGGUCUAACCGUUUUUUACUUUUUUUAAAGGGAUUUUUUUUAUGAGAUUGCUCAAGAAAUUGUUUUGGUAUAUUUAAGAUUUUUUUUUAAAUAAUAUUUUUACUUUUAUAUCGAUAUAGAGUAUUGCAAAAUAAUUGGUAGGUGAACAAAUGAGAUUUCCAAAUUCGAGAUUGUUUCUGUAUACAGGCUAAAACUAUAGCAAUAAUGACCAAUAAUUUUCUCCACUGAUAAAAUAGAAAAUGGAUGGUUUUAUAUUUACAAAUCAUUGUUAUGUAAUGGUAAUGUAUUGUUAAAUCAUGGUAGUAAGAUACAGCAGCAAAGUAUUGACACACUCGUAUGAAGAUGACCGUAUUGCUAUGACAAUGAAGUAUGUUUUUGCUGCUGUUGUAUUUAUUUUAUAAGGGUUUUUGAAGUACCUAGGGUAUUUGGUGUUAAUUAUGAAUUAAUAUGUAGUUAAUGAGAAUUGGGGCUGGGAAUUUUAUAUUGUCAAUUUUGGAACAUU